AUGCCGGAGAGGGAAGGAAAAGAAGGGAAGAAGGAGGAGAAGGAGCCAAGCGGUAAGUACUUGGAAGUUUUGAAUGACACACACAAAACGCAGAUAAAUUUGAAUGAUGCCGGGGGCAGUUAUCCGAGACAAGCUGUCAAAAGAUCAGAAGCGGAGAGGAGCGACUGGAACAACAGGAAGAGGAGAUACGAUCGGAAGGUGUCACAUGGAGAUCAAUCCGCCGAGAGGAGUGAUGGUAGGUUGAGUUGACAGUCGCACUGAGAAACUGACUCGAAGAAUGGGGUCUUCUGGAAUGAGAAGUCAUGAAGACCCUCAUGGAGGACGGAAGACGAAGCAAGCGAUGAGAAGCUCAUUAGAAAAACGAAUGGCGCCACUCAUCGCGAGUCCGCUGGGAAAUCAUCGUGCCCUCCCAUCGUCGUCGUCGCCAUCAACAUAAUCAUCAUCAUCAAGCCGUCGUCGACGUCGACGUCGUCGGCAUGUGUCAGAAUGAAUGUGCUGCACACUGGCUUGGCUGCCUGA